UCGGGCCCUUAGCGAGUGGGGCAGGAGGUUGUGGCGCCCUCUGGCGGCGUGGGUGAAGGCUGCGGGUGGUGGUGCCGUUGAACCGACCGGUAGUGGCCGUUUGUGGCGGGCGGGCUGCGCUUCCUGCCCUCCUUACCUCCUUCCGCCCGCCGGCCUUUCAGGCACCCAAAACGGUAGUAGGUGGAAUUCUUUUAUCACCCCCGCCUUUCCUCGCUGUCUCCCAUUGCAGGUGUGGCCGUGUGUGUCUGUGAGCAGGGGAAGGCAGGGCAGCCAUGCUUCCGUUCUUCAGUUACGUGACUGACCACAUCGGCUUCUGUGGCACGAUCAAAAACUCGCCCAGCGAUUUCAUAGUGACAGAAAUCGAGGUGCCCCAACACUUACUGAGGGAUACUCGGGCUGAAUCGCUUCAGAAAGCCGCUGAAGAGCCGCUAGAGCAAAGUACCCCAGGCCCGCAGCAGCCCAAUGAGCUGAGCACUGAGUGCCCCGGCCUGUGUGCUGAGGGCUGUCCUGCUGCCGUGCCCAGUCCUUCGGAGCAGGACACAAGCAGGGUUGGAGGCGGCUGUUCAGCAUCCCCUAACAAAAAACAGCGCAAGGGUGAACCUGAACUGAAACCGGACCUUGGGGAAGGCCAUAUACUGGAUUCCUUACUAGGGAAGUCCAUGAGUGAGCGGCUUCAUCAGUUCGUCUGUGGUCUGAAAGACACAUGGGACCUGGACAGGGAUGCCGGGGGUGGCGCUGGAGAGUUCUCGCUGGGACCUGUACUGGACAAGAGAAGUCGAGCUAGCCUACACAGUGCUGUCAGGCAGAAAUUCCCCUUUCUGGUCACUGUUACGAAAGGCAAUGAAAUGAUUGUGAAAGGCAAUGGAGAUUACAGAGAGCUUUGUCAGCUCGUGACUGAAAAGGAAACAAGUGAUUUCUUUAAGUUUUUAGAUGCAAAGCUAGAAAAUUCUACAUUUUCUUUCGAGCCUGAUGGGGACAAAGAGCACAGAAAAGUAGUUCACCACUUUAUCAAUAGAAAGUUUGGAAAGCUUUUAGAAACAAAGUCUUUUACCGUGUCAGAUGUCAAUGAUCAGCCAAGUAUGUCAAUAAUGGUUCGUUUUCGAGAAAAAGGUUGGUCCAGAAAAAGGUCUGCUGGUGGCUUCAAGGAAAAACAAGAUCUUUAUACAGCUUUCACCCUUCAGAAAGAAAACCUAGAAACACUGGAAGCAAUCAGCUUCUUGGCUGCUGAACUUGGUGUUCUUCCUUCAGACUUCAGUUAUACUGGCAUCAAAGAUAAGAAGGCGAUUACUUACCAACCUAUGGUUGUGAAGAAGGUGACACCUGAGAGGUUGAAAGAAAUUGGAAGCAAAAUGGAAAAAAAGGGUAUCAGAAUACACAAUGUACAUUCAGCAUGCCAGCACCUGAGACUUGGUCAGCUGAAGGGCAAUCACUUUGAAAUAGUUGUGAGAGAUCUUAAACAUCACAGUCAUGACUCUUCUGCGGAUUGGAAAAUGAGAAUAUCUGAAGCAAUGGAAAAUGUUAAGACAAAAGGUUUUGUAAAUUACUACGGACCUCAGCGAUUUGGACAAGGACAAAAUGUUCAGACAGAUCAAAUAGGAUUGGCUUUACUGAAUGAAAAAAUGGUGAAAGCUAUGAAGUUAUUCUUUACACCCGAAGAUACUGAUGACCCUGUAAACAACGCAAAAAGAUACUUUCUUCGAACUGAAGAUGCAAAGGGUGCACUUGUGAUGCUGCCAGAAUUUAAAGUGAGAGAGAAGAUGUUGCUACGAGCUUUACAUCGCUAUGGUGUAAAUCAUGAAGGCUGUACCAAAGGAUGGCUCAACAUUCCUCAUUCCAUGCGCAUAUUCUAUGUCCAUGCUUAUUGCAGUAAAAUUUGGAAUGAAGCAGCUUCAUAUAGGCUGAAGAUUUAUGGUUCGAAAGUUGUUGAGGGUGAUCUUGUUUUCUCAGAAGAAAAUGAUGAAAGCAUUUCCCUGCAUGACAAGGUGCAUGUAGUGACUGCUGCAGAAGAAUCAGCCAACAAAUACUCUAUAAACCAAGUGGUUCUUCCAGUGGUGGGACAUAGUAUCAAGUAUCCCAGUAAUAAAGUUGGGCAAUGGUACCAUGAAAGGCUUUCUGAGGAUGAGCUGCAGAUGUGCAAAUUCAGAGUGUCUCCACUACAGCUGAAUAUACCUGGAUGCUACAGACCCAUUUUGAAAAAUGUUCAGAAUUUGUCAUAUUUUUUUGAAGUCAAUGAAAAAGGAAUCAAAAUUGAAGACAACCAUCUGAAUGAAUCAAAAGUCUCUCUUCAUAUAUCGUUUGACCUCGAUCCUUCAUGUUAUGCAACAGUUUGUUUAAGAGAAAUAAUGAAAUGUGACUUUUAAGAUUGCAGUUAAUGAAAAACUGUACGAAUAUAAUACAAUGGUGAUAUGUUAUGUAUAACGC